GAGGCUGCUGUCUAUCAGAAGGGAACUUUUGUACCAUUUGCCUCAGAUGCAGCCUGUCUGCACGUUCUAGAGUUUUAUUAUUCAAAAAAUAAAUGCCACUUAUUUGAUUGAGGUGGUGCCAUGCAGCAAGAAGCAGAGAGAUGCAGAGUUCGAGCCAGGAGGCCUGACAUGGCACUUUAUGUUCCCAAAGCUCGAAGGGGCAUAGUACUACUCAGAUCAGGCGAUGAGGGAAAAAGCUGUGGUCCACCGGACUCCGUGGUGAAAGAAGAACAAAGGGAAGAUUCUCUCUCCCGAAAGGAGAUCUUUCGAGACAAAUGGGAGACUCCAAGACUGAGUACUAAUCCUGAUAAAAAGGAGCACAGUCGUAGAGAAGGAAAGAAAUCUUCAAUGAAAUUUAAAAAAGAUACAUGCCUUCAAGAAAGAAAGAAAGAUAGGGUUUGUACUAAGAGGGCAACUGCAGAAUCCAAAGAAGUAUUGUCCCAAGGACAUCAACAAAGAGUCUUGAAUACUGGGGUUGUACCUAGCAUACCUUUACAAAGACAUUUUAAACCAAAGAAGGUAGGGUGUUUGGAGGUUGAAAUCAGAGAUGUGAGAGAACACGAUGGGUUGCUUCUAUCCCAGUCUUGUUCAGAAAUCAGUAAGGCUCGGGUUCCAAACAAGCCAUCCAGAAACAUGGAAGUCUCUGAUACCGAGAGAAAUGAACUAAAUGGGGAAAUAUUUGAAGAUAGAAAUUUUUUGGAAAACAGAAUGGAAACUGAUGCCGAGAUUAUGAAGAUACUACCCCAGUUUCCUGGAGAUUUUAAUUCUGUGGUGAAACCUGAGAGUGUGAUCUCACCAGUAAAACAAAACUCUGAUUCUGGAAUUGUACAACGAGGCAUGCAAACAUUAGGUGGAAUGCUGAAGCACAGCAAUGGCACCAUCACUACUGAUUCUGUUCCUGGAAGUUCAGAUGGUAUCAUUGGUCAGGCUUACGUGGACUUGGAUGCUGAGAAUGUUGGUGAUACGGCCAACAGGACAGAUUCCAUAUCGAGUCAGAAAGGUAUGGAUUCCAUUCCUGAGACUGUGGGUCACCUCUCUCAUCAGAUGACUAUGAGCAGCAAAUUAGAGAGCGCAAAUGACAUUUCUCAUCCAAAAACGAUUAGAGAGUGUGAAGAGAAUGACAACACUGCUGAUGAGUUAUGUGUAAAGCAUGAAUCUUCUGACACAGCUGCCCUUGCUCACGAAACAUAUACAGAUAAUGAGUCCGAGAGUGUACGUGACAUUACCAAUAAGACAUGUACAGUGGACGUUACAGAUACCAUAUCUGAUCAAAUAACUGUAGGCAGCCCUUGUGUAGUUGCAGUUAAAGUAGCUGAUGAGGCUUGUAGCAACACAGGGAGUUUCUCAGACUGUUUAGAAAUGAAUGCAGAUACAGCCCUUCAUGCAGCUAAAAGUGGGAAUGACACUGAAAAUUUCAGUAACCUGACUGCUUGCUCAGCUAUCUAUGCUGAGAGUAUUUCAUCUAGUUUCACAGAGUCAACAGGAAAGUUGAUAGAGAGCUUGUCUGAUUGUGCUUCCUCUUUACCUAUAAAGAAGAUAACUGGUAGUAAUUGUAACACUUUUUUGGACUCUGAAUUCAGUAUGUUAAAUGGGACAAACGUAUUUUCAGAUAGUGCCUUGGGCAGUGACCUUGAUGGUACUGGUGAUAUAACAGAGGCAUUGCAUGAACUUAAGACUGCUGAAGAGUUCAGAACAAAAGAAGAUGGCGACUCAGAGAAUGUGGAAUUUGGUGUAUCCUUUCCUGAUAUAGAAUCAGUAUCUAAGGAAACAUCCGUGGAGCCUAAAGCAACGGAUGUAUCUCACACAGAAAGAAGUGCUGCUACUGAGGAGAGCUGGGAGUCUAUGUUCAAUGAUGAUGGUGAGUGCCUGGACCCACGUCUUCUACAAGAGUUAUCAGGGAAUAUGAAGAACAAAGAAAGUAUCCAAGAACCUAGAUUUGAUUAUUACAACCAUGAAGUUCCUGAUAUUGACCUCAGUGAUUGUGAAUUCCCACAUGUCAUUGAAAUUUAUGACUUCCCCCAAGAAUUUCGUACUGAAGAUCUCCUACGGAUUUUCUGCACUUAUCAAAAGAAAGGAUUUGAUAUUAAAUGGGUGGACGAUACACAUGCCCUAGGAGUAUUCUCCAGUCCGAUUACAGCUCGUGAUGCUCUUGGUAGUAAACAUACCAUGGUGAAGAUCCGGCCCUUGUCACAGGCCACAAGAGCAGCCAAGGCCAAAGCUAGAGCUUAUGCUGAGUUUCUCCAGCCAGCAAAGGAGCGUCCUGAGACUUCAGCAGCUCUAGCCAGAAGGCUAGUCAUCAGUGCCCUUGGGGUUCGAAGUAAGCAGAGCAAAACUGAACGGGAAGCAGAGCUUAAGAAACUGCGAGAAGCCCGAGAGAGAAAACGAUUGGAAGCCAAGCAACGGGAAGCCAUCUGGGAAGGCAGAGACCAGUCUGCAGUUUGAACAUCACUUGAUGAAAGGGAUAACUCCAGGAAUUCAGAAAGUACUUCCAGUUUUCAGAGGAUUUUUCCAGACCUCUGUGUACAUGCAGACGUGCGUGUUAGUGAAAGAAAGAGAUAAAGCGAUCAAGACAAGGGCUGACUGGGUAUAAGAAGAAGAUCAACUCCUGUUUGUCUUCACUCCCACGUGCAGUUCUUUGGAAUCGCCUUACCGUGUUGGACGUGACAGGAAGCCAUCAGCUUAGGAGAAACUUGGAGGAUGUGGCUUCCGAGAAUCCUCUGGACAGGGCAAGCCAUGCUUCCAAGAUGUUUUAAGUGAAAGCAAAACAGAGGAUUCAAACCUGUGACGAUGGAGAUUUAGGCCCUGCAAAGGGAGGGUGUUCUUAGUACCUCACAAAGCUGAGACCAGCAAUAUUGCGGGGGGCAGAUGAGGCAGGUGGGGGACAGAGGGGAGGGAGCCGCUAGUACAAAGAAGUGGACUGGUAUCUGGUGUAGUCGGUAUUCACAGAAUCUACACUGCUGGCUCCAGAACCCCAGAGCGGGUGAACUGCAGCAGGUGUAGGCAUUUGGACCCCAGAUCUUGUACUAAGCCGAGUGCCUGGAGCUGCUCCGGCUGCAUGGCAGCCAGGGGCUUGCCAGCAUCAUUCCUCAUAGGAAGCUAGUCUUGGGAGCUGGGUGCCAGUUCCAGUUUAAACA